AUGCUAUCCUCCUCGUUGCGCCGCGUGGCAUGGACGCCUCUUGCGCCCAUCUCCGGCAUCUCUCGCUCUUCCACUCAGACUUUGUCAACCUCCUCCAACGGUCUUCUCGGCGCCACUCAACAUGUGCGUCAGCGCCGGUACUCGUCUUCCUCCUCGAAACCUAGCGAUGGCUCCCGACGGGUAGAGGCCUCGUCUCAGGCUCCUACGAAGGGUGUCAACUCGGGGGAGAAGCGUGAAGGGAAAGCCUCGAAACGCCGUGGGAAGGACAACGGCCGCAACGGUCCCAAGUCGAACCAGCCGUCAGCGUUUUCCAACCUGCCCAGCGUUCCCUCGACGCAGCACCUGCAGCCUCAUGAUGUCCAUGUGGCGUCGUUCUUCUCCAUCCAUCGCCCCAUCUCCGUCUCGACCACCGUCCCCCCGACCUCCACCGCCGAAGCCUUCAACGCUAUCUUCACAGCGAAGAAGCCCACCAAGCAGGAAGCGGACGACGUGAUCUUCACGCUAUCCGCCGCCGCAGACACCAUGGAGAGCUCAGCCCACCAGCUCGGCGAGCAAGAAGGCAGCGCCCUGGGCAACCACUUCGAGAUGGACCACCACCCCGACAGCAGCCUUAACAUGGCUGACCUGAAGGUCUCCGUGGAGGAUCUCGCCAAGCGCUUCCGCCCGUUCAACCCGCCUCCGGCCCCCGUGCCGUUCGACGAGGCCAAGGCCGCCGCCGACGCCGACGCCGCCGCUGCCACCACCGCCGAUCCGGACAACAACAGCUACUCGGCUGUCCUGACCAUCCACGAGUCCACGGACGCCCAGGGCCGCAAGACCUACCAGGCUCACACGGGCCCGUUCGUCCGCUCCCCGGAAAUGGACGCCCCCGGCGCCGCCGACGAGUCCAACGCCGUCAUCGACGCCCCGCACAGCAACCCCGGCGCGACUUACGUCGAGCGCUCGCGCAACAACCGCACCAUGCACGCCAUCAGCACCCGGAGACGGCGCUUGGCGAAGAUGAAGAAGCACAAGUUCAAGAAGCUGCUGCGGCGGACGAGGACCCUGAGACGGAAGCUCGAUAAGGCUUGA